GUAAAGGUCACACAAGUUAACUCCUCCUCGCUACCUGAUUGGUUGGUAUUUGACGACGGCCAGCGAAUCAUAGAAGGAGUUGCUGAUGAUCAGAAUUUGAUAGGUGGCUCUGUUACUCUUCAAGUUUGGGGCUGCAAAAAAUUAAAUGUGAUUCGUAAAAAUAACAACAAUAACAACAACAAUAAUAAUAAUAAUAACGACGAGGUCGAACUAAUCGGCAAUUUCACAAUUUUUGUCAAAAAAACCAUCCACGGCAUUACGAAGAAUGACGUCAUUAGUGACGACAACAACAACAAUAACAAUAACAACACUCAUCUGCCCACUGUAACAUGCGACAAAGCGGGAACUCCCGUCACGAAAUCCGUUGUAGUCCUGGAUAGGAAACACCACACACUUUCGGUCCCAGAAAAACUUGAUCUCCUAAAAAAAUUAUCCCAAAUGUUUCAUUUAAAUCCCAACUCCGUCAGUUUAAAACAGUCUGGUGAUCUUAAAUUUUUAGAAACCAUUUCACUAAUUUCCGGCAGAGCAAACGUUUUGGGAUCACGCGGAAAUGGUUAUUACAGAAAAAAAGAAUUUAAAGUUAGAGAUAACGUUAGCCGUCAUGGUAGAGAUGAAGAAUCUGCUGUAGAUUUGAUUAGUGAAAAAGAAUUUAGGCAACAGUUAAACGAGUUGAAAUCAUUCAAAAGCAAAUUAAACUCAAUUGAAAAAGUAAUCAAUGACGAUGAUGUACCAACUAAUCUAGAAAUGGACAACAUUCACGAAGAAAAUUUUGUCAGCUUGUGGUGGGUUGUUGGCUGUGGCAGCGUUCAAACGCUUCACAUGAAAAAUUUGAUGGAUUUGGAAAGAAAUGUAACUCUAGGAAGCUUAAAAGUGAACGAUAUGGAAGUAUUGUCGUGGUACGUUGUGAAUCAGAAGCCGAGGAGAUCACGAAGACAGGCACGCAGCAGCAGAAACAGACAUUCGCACUACAGUAUGCAACAGAAAUUCGUUUUGAAAGAUGACAUCGUAGGGUCUGGAGACAUUCCAGACGAAAUAACUUUAACCCUAACCACAACAACAGCUACGACUUUAAAACCAACAAGAAAACCAAGGCCAGUACCAGUAGAUAUACAUCUAUCAGAAAUUUAUACACAUUCUGGCAAAUUUAUACAAAAAAAAAUAAUGCACUUUGACCCAAACACAACUCUCAAAUUUAAAAAGAUUCCACACUUUAUGAAAAAGCAGAGAGAGAGUGGAAAAAGUUACCUCAUCGGUGGCCUUCCGUUACGAGGGGAGGAGGGCAACUACAGUCUGAUUUACAGCGAAAAAUCUGACCAAGCAAUUAAAAACUUUAUAUACCAAUUUAAUGUGAGAGAUUACGAGUCGAAGAACCACGAAGCAGUGCUUGUGCUGGACGAAGAUGCUGAUACGUACUGGCGUGAUAAUGUUACAACCAGGUUGGUCAUAAGAAGAGAUUUGAUUCAAGGGAUAAAAGGUCACCAGAUCAGGGUUUUAAACAUUGAACCUGGUUCCUUGGUAGUCACAUUCGACGAUGAGGACAUCACGUCGGACGAUGCUUGCAAUGAAGAUUUACUUAAAGAGUUUAUAGAUAAAAUGGUAAACACAGACGGCACGAUGAACGCCAAAUUUUUAAAAUACUUCCCAAAAGCGAAAGAAGUUACAAUCAAGACAUACGGUCCGUGCUCGCAUAUGUCCUUAGUGAAAGGCAGCAGAGAAGGAACAACGACGAAAAUACCAGAGGCAGAAGUAACUCCAGAAGCUACUCUGCCCCCUCCCACACAUACCGUCAUAAGAGACGAGGGUGAAGUUGAUUCCUCGAAAUUAUUCUACCUGAUCAUCGGCUUCAUCGUGGCAGCCGUCAUCAUCCUUAUCAUCGUCCUUGUCGUCUGCAUCUACUGCUGUCGCAAGAACAGGAAGAAGAGUCAAGAGCGGAAAGUGUUGCUAAUAAAAGCCAUUUCAACUCAGAGCAAAGGCGGCGUGCCCGUUAUUUUCGCUGACGAAAUGAAAGCUGUCGAGCAGGAGGAAGAGGACAGAAAAAGUCAAAAAAGUCAAAAAUUUGAUGAAAAUCUCUCGGAAACUGCUCGUUCGACGAUUCGAUCUAGGAAGGGCUCCGGCGAUGAGAGGGGGCUCGAAAAACCAGCUGCUGCUGUUCUACCGCCAGAUUAUUGCCCGCCAAGACCCGGCUGCAGAGACACGACCUUGAAAAUGCAAGGUCGAGCCGAGGAUGAUUCGGCCCUGUACAGCAGCACGCACAGGACGCCCUUAAUAGAGCAGAAUAACCGAAGAUGUGAGGACAACCAGAUGGAAGAUGUAGAAGCUGCCCGCAAACACAACUACAUCUACCAACAACAACUUCAACAACAGCAGCUGGAACAGCAGCAACAGCUGGAGCAGCAACAGCAGCUGGAACAGCAGCAACAGCUAGAACAGCAACAGCUGUUGCUGCAGCAACAGUUGCUUCAUCAGCAGCAGCUGCAACAGCAGCAACUGCAGCAGCAACAACAACUGCAGCAGCAACAAAGAGCUGCCAAAGAAAGGAAACAGCGGAAAAACCAGCAACUCAUAGUAUCUGACAUAGAUUAAAUUAGAAUGCGUUGUUGUAACAAUCGUAAUGAUAUCCAUAACAAGAAUUACAGAAAUGAAAAUAUAAUAAAACAAGCACACUAACAAUGUCAACAAUAAUGACGUCAACAUCCCAACAACAAAUACAUAAAAACAACAAUGAGAUCACAAUCAACAAACAAACAACACAGCAUUCAGUUUCAAAUUAACUUCUAUGGCAACACCAACAUGACCAAUAUUAAUAAGCCUUUGAAUAAUUCUUGACAAUGUUCACCAUGUAUGUGUGUGUGUGUGGUGUGUGUGUGUUUGAAUAUAUGUGUAUGUACGAGCCCAUGAUUAAAUCAAUGUAUGUUUAAGUGUGCGUGUGCGUGCGUGUGUGUGUGUAUGUAUGUCUAUAUACGUACGUGUUAAUGUAUUGUUAUUAAACUUAACAUUUUACCACAUAAUUAUCCAACUUCGCUCUGUAAUAAUAACUUGUUUAUACUUUAAAAAAUUUUAAAUGCCAAUAAAGGCACACACACACACACAAACACACACACAGACACACACAGACAAACAACAAACAAACAUAUAUGAAAUUCGAUAUUUCAAUAGAAUGUAUGUUUUUGCAUGUUGCAUGUUGUUUCAAACGAUGCCUUCUUCCCAUAUAUUAUAUAUAUAUAUAUAUAUAUAUAAGAGAAUAUAUAUAAGAGAGAGAGAAAGAGAGAGAGAGAGAGAGAUACCAGAUAUUAUUUUUAUACGGAGAUUUAUUUUAUUUUAUUUCCACGCAUAUUUUUUAAAUUAAUUUAUUUAUUUACGUCAGCUAUCUAAAGAAUGCUUCUUAUUAUCGUCGAUGGAUGGUAGAUUAGUUUAAAUAAUAAAUAUAUAAUAUAUAUAAUUGUUAUUAUUAUUAUGGAUAAUGACCACAAAAACAAUAAUCAUAAUAAUCAUAAUCAUAGCAAUAAUAAUAAUAAUAUCCACGUUAUUGUUAUUGUUAUUAGUGAAUAACAAGUCGUUGAUUAAAAACAGAAGAGAAUAUAUAUAUAUAUAUAU